UUUCCUAAUACCCACGCGCAGUGAGUCAGAAUAGGUUUGCCCUAAAACCCAAAUAUUGAGAAGCAGAGGUAUCGGAGAUGGAGCAGAGGCUAGCAAACAGCUGGCGAAUGCCUCUCAACGACAACAAAUUCAUCGAAGCGGCUCUCCUGUCGGACCUACGUGUCGACGGCCGCCGCCCCUCCGACCACCGCAAGCUCACCAUCAAGCUGGCCAAGCAAGACGGCUCCGCGGAGGUCCAUUUGGGCCAAACCCACGUCGUCACCUUCGUCUCCGCCCAACUCGUUAGGCCAUACAAAGACAGGCCCAACGAAGGCUCCCUCUCCAUCUUCACCGAGUUCUCUCCCAUGGCCGACCCCUCCUUCGAACCCGGCCGCCCAGCGGAGUCAGCCGUCGAGCUGGGCCGCGUCGUCGACCGCGGCCUGCGCGAAAGCCGUGCCAUCGACACUGAAUCGCUCUGCGUACUCUCCGGCAAACUCGUAUGGGCCAUUCGCGUCGAUAUCCACAUUAUCGACAAUGCCGGAAAUCUCGUUGACGCUGCCAAUAUCGCGGCGCUGGCUGCACUGCUGACGUUCCGACGGCCGGAAUGCUCGCUGGCCGGGGAAGACGGCCAGGAAGUGGUGGUGCAUCCUCCUGAAGAGCGCGAUCCGAUACCGUUGAUUAUACAUCAUCUCCCGAUUGCCAUUACGUUUGGGUUUUUCAGCAUUGAAAAUCUCCUCGUGAUAGAUCCGACGAAUGAAGAAGAGUGUGUGAUGACAGGACGCAUGACUGCGACGCUUAAUUCAAACGGCGACGUUUGUGCUAUUCAGAAGGCUGGUGGAGAGGGUGUAUCUCAGAGAUUUAUCAUGCAUUGCUUGAAACUUGCUCAUUCUAAAGCUAUUGAUAUUACAACUAAGAUUAAGGAUGCUGUUGAAGUACACAACAACGAAAGGGCGUUGCGGAAGAUUAAGCGGCACCCUUCGUCUGUUGCUAUGGAUGUAGGUGGUGCUCCAGCUGGAAUAGGUGAAAAACAAAAUCAAUUAGUUGGAGUUGAGGAUGGUACCGGUUUGGACAAAUUGAAGCUGAAAGAAGAGGAAAAUUUUAUGGAAUGUGAAGCCACGCCAUCAGGACAAGAACAUAGUAAGGAUGGAAACUCCAAGAAUUUCACUGGUGGACCUUCAAGUUGGGAUCCCUACUCAGAGUCUGUAGAUCCAGAUCUUCUAAAAGCUUCUCUCGCUUCACGGGGACCAUCAGUUCCUCCUAGUAAACCAAAGGAUUCAAGACAUGAGACUAAGCCCAAGGAACCACCACAGGAAAUUAAUACAGAUCUUUCUCCAAUUGACAAGCCUCUAACUGGUGGACAGAGUAACGAAGGUAAGACUCUGAAGGAUGCCGUCAAGCCCAAACAUAAGAGGAGAAAAAAAGUAUCUUCCAAUAACGAAAAUUAAAUUAGUUAAUGAGUUUUUGACUUAUUGCCGUUCAUCUUCAAAGCAUGUGCUUGUAUACCCGUUGAAACUGAGAAUUGAGUUCCAAUGUUCCCAAUUUUGGUAGAAGCAAGGGUUUCAUGUUCUGGCGAAAAGGUCUAUUUAGUAUUGCAAAUAGGAAAAAAGAUGCACAUGCACAUGAAGUUGACUGAACUUUAUAGCCUGUACUUCAUUUUUGUUUCUUCUUGUACGUUGUAAACAUUAGAUUGACAAUUGAAUCUCAAUUAUAUUUCCGCAAUAGAAAUUCCUAAUACUGAGAUAAUAAUAUAUGGGUUUUGUAA